AUGGAGCCAGUGUCUGCUGAAUUCGUGAGGACCAUAGACUGGACCAGCCGCUAUGUCAGCGUAUCUACUCCGGUUGCAUCAGUCAGGAAUGCUUAUCACCCGGAUGGCCCCCUCUUACGCCAUGUAGUGGUGUACUGUCCAUUCACAGGGAUAGAGCAGACGUUUCCUUGCAGUAAAUGGCUGGAUGAGAAGGAGGGAGACGGACUGAUCGAGAGAGAGCUCUAUGAGAUGGUGUCACUUCGCCAAAAAAGACAAAAGAAGCACCCAUGGUCUUUGUGGAUCUGGACUUCAGACAUCCCAAGUGCAGGGACAGACGCAGACAUCUCCUUCCAGAUUUAUGGAGAGAAAGGCAAAUCUGAUGAGAUUCGACUGGACAACAAAACAGACAACUUUGAGCAAGGCCAAACGGACCGAUUUAUGGUUGAGCUGCCUGACUUCGGGAAAAUGACUAAACUUCGCAUUUGGCACGAGAAAAGGAAUCCAUUUGCAGGAUGGCAUCUGAGUAAGGCGACCAUCAUGAAGACUUUAACAAAAGAGAAGUACACCUUUCCUUGCGAGCGCUGGCUUGACGUCAACGAGGAUGACAAUGAAGUGGUGAGGGAGCUUCCUGCCACUGGAGCCCUCAUAGACGAGCCGCUGACCGUCAUCAAGUACAGAGUCACCGUCUGCACGGGGAACAUUGGGGGAAGUGGAACUGAUGCUUUAGUGUUUCUCAACUUAAUCGGAGACAAAGGAGACACUGGAGACCGAGAACUGAUCAACUGCAAAAACAACGUCAACAAGUUUGAAAAAGGAAAUCUUGACGAAUUCAUUAUUGAGGCUGUGUCUGUGGGGCGGGUGCGCAGAAUCAGGAUCGGUCACAAUGGGAAAGGUGGAGGCUGCGGCUGGUUUCUGGAUAAAGUGAUCGUGAGGGAGGAGGGAGAAGCAGAAGCCAACGCUGUAGAGUUUCCAUGCAACAGAUGGUUUGAUCGGAAUGAGGACGAUGGCCAAAUUGUGAGGGAGUUAGUGCCGUUUUCAGACGGCCAGCGUCUUUAUAAUGUGAACUAUCACAUCACUGUAAAGACUGGAAGCAUUCCUGGAGGCAGCUCGGACUCUAACGUGUUUGUGAAGCUUUAUGGAGAGAAAGGCGACACCAGCAGAAUGAUGCUACUGGUCUCAGACAACAAUCUGGGAAACUACUUUGAGAUGGGCCGCGUGGACGUGUUCACUGUGGAAACCUUUGACAUCGGACAGAUAAACCGGAUGAGGAUUGGCCACACUAACGAGGGCAUGCGUGCGGGCUGGUUUCUGGACAGUGUUCAGAUCAUGGUGCCAGUCCAUGGGAACCAGUACAUGUUUCCCAGUCAUCGCUGGCUCUGUAAAGACGAGGCAGAUGGGAAGACAGAGGUGGAAAUUUACCCUAGUGAAAUCCUGGACUUGGAACAGUCCAUGAAUUAUGAGAUAAGCGUUGUGACGGGAGAUGUGACAUUUGCUGGCACCAAUGCCAGAGUGUUUAUUCAGAUGUUCGGAGAGAAAGGAAAGACUGAAGUGACAAUCCUGGAAAGCAGAUCCAAUAAUUUUGAGAGAAAUACCACAGAAAUAUACAAGAUUGAGGGAAAAGACAUUGGUAAAAUCUUCAAGAUCCGAAUCGGCCAUGAUGGCUCUGGGAUCGGCCCCGGGUGGUUCCUCGAGUCUGUGGACGUCAAACACCUGAUCAUGGCCAUGGCGCCCAAAGAGAAGAAAAAGGAAGACAAGAAGAAAAAGAAGAAGAAGAAGAAAGAUGAAGAAGAGGAGGAAGAAGGGGAGGAGCUGCAGGAGGUGGUGUUCACAUAUCAUUUCCCCUGCUCUCGGUGGCUCGCAUCAGGAGAGGAGGACGGAGAGCUCGUGGUAGAGCUGCUGCCCGAGGAUGCUGAGGAUAUGGAAGUGAACACCUACGACGUGAGUGUCUUCACUGGAGUCAUGAUGGGAGCCGGGACUGACGCCAAAGUCUUUGUUAAUAUUUAUGGAGAACAUGGAGACACCGGAGAGCGCUACCUGAAGAGCUCCAACAACCUCAACAAGUUUGAAAAGGGCCAGGAGGAUCGGUUCACGGUGACGGCCGUUGACCUGGGUCCUCUGAAGAAGCUCCGCAUUCGCCAUGACAACUCUGGCUCGUACUCCUCCUGGUAUCUGGACCGGGUCGAGAUAGUGGACUCUAAGGACGACACAACAUAUUUCUUUCCGUGUAAUCGCUGGUUAGCUGUGGAUGAGGAUGACGGACAGAUCGCCAGAGAGCUGGUGCCGGUGGACGAGGCCUUCAUGUGGAAAGACGACGAUGAUGAAGAAGGGGGGGGAGCCAAACUGGGACUCGAACAGAAGUCCAUGUCGACUACAUACACACUGAAAAUCAAAACUGGAGAAAAGAAGUAUGCCGGAACAGAUGCCAACGUCUUUGCCAUUCUUUUUGGUGAAAACGAUGACACAGGUAUUAUCAACCUCAAAGCCUGUAAGAACUACAAGAACAAGUUUGAGCAAGGGAUGAUUAAUGAGUUCAUCGUGGAGGCAGUGGACUUGGGAGACCUGGAAAAGAUGCGAAUUGGACAUGACAAUUCAGGCGGGUCUUCAGGCUGGUUCUUGGACUGGGUGGAGAUUGACGCUCCGUCCCAAGGUCAGCGACUGCGGUUCCCCUGCGGCAGAUGGUUGGACAAGGGCGAGGACGACGGCGCCAUAGUACGAGACCUGUUUCCCGCAGAAUUACAAACUGAAUACUACACGCCAUGUGAGUCGGGGUUCCAUGAUCUGUCAGUUCGGGAUAACAGCUGUCCGAACAUUAUUGUGAGACUGUGCAAAAUGUAUUGGUGUGCAGAUUACAGGCCUCUCUCCUUUGUCCAAUGA